GCAGAAACACCAACCCCGGCUUUCGUACUAUUCUCUCUGAUCCCGACACCUAUACGUAUAUUGAAGUAGAGACCAGACAUGUUGCCUCCCGUAGAUCCCAGUAUCCUCGACCAGAACCCCAAUUUCUCUACAUUAUACAAAGACCUCUGCACAAGGAAACUGAAUCCGGAUGGCUCGACCAGAGAUACGAAGAGGCAAAGGAUACACGAUGAGAUAAGAGCGAACCUCCACACCUCCAUCACCCACCACCACACGACCCGCCUCCUCCUCACCCUCCUCUCCACCCUCCCCUCCAAAUCCUCUCCCGAAUCCCUCCCCUCCGACCUCCACCCGGUCAUCGAACUCAUGUCCGCGCGUCUAAGCGGCCACAUCUCCUCCCCCGCCGACCUGGAACUCCUCUCCGGCGACGAAACCUUCUUCCUGGGCAACAUCGACACCAUAGCCCUGGCUAUCAGCGAGCAACUCGACAAGAUGGCCGAGCAACUGUGUCGAAUAGCCGAUCCAUUAUCACCACCACAUAUCUCCUCCCUCCCCACCAAGGCAUCCUCCCUUCACCAAGCCGCGACCCACGACCUCCCCGACUCCCUCGCCACCGCCCGCUUCGACCUCGCCAACACGGCCCACGACGUCCUCACGCUGCACCGCCAAGUCCUAGAGACGUCGAUCCGCAUCCUCGAGCAGACGAUGCACGGCUCGCUAUCGAGAGGCGUCAAGGCGAGGGCAGAGGUCGUCAGGGCGCAGAGUGCGUUGCUAGGGCUGCAGGCUAGAAUCCAUACGCUCACGCAUCCACCACCGCCCGAGUUUGUGGCGGCGUUGAAGAAUUAUAGAGCCGUCCAAAGACAGGAGAGGAAUGCGUUAAAGGAUAGGGAGGCGCUGGCGAGGCAGACGCUGGAGUUGUAUGACAAGGCGGGAGAAAAGGGAAUGAGGGAUGCGGCCCGGCGAGCCAAGGUUCUGCAGGCGGAGAUUCAGAGGACCAAGGCGGAGAUUGAGAGAUUGGAGCGGGGU